AUGAGCUCGACACCGCCAUCACAGUCACAAACCACAUCGUCGGCAUCGACAACUUCAGCCGCCUCUACAUCAGCCUCCGCGUCAAGCUCGUCAACCACAAGCAAUGCCGGCUCUGCUGCUAAACCGGCCGCUCCGGCUCCGGUCCCUCGCGAAAUACCUGCCGUCCUUCGCCCACUCGAGUACAUGGGCAUCCCCAAAAGCGUUCUCGCUUGGAAGCCUCGCUUGCCAUCCCGCAACUGGUCCAUCUUCCUCGUCACUGUCGGAACGCUCUCCUACCUCUACUACGAUGACCGUCGCCAAUGCAAGAUCAUCCGUCAAGACUACAUCGACAAGGUCAAGCAUCUUUCCAACGAGCCUAUGAAACCUGGAGAGUGGCCACGCAAGAUCACCGUCUACGCUACUCGUUCGCCCGGUGAUGACGACUACGACAAAGCGCUUCUUUACUUUAAGAAGUACAUCAAGCCUGUGCUUGUCGCUGCUGGUAUUGAUUGGGAGGUGACUAACGGCACUCGCCACGGCGGUCUAGCUCGAGAGCUGCAGAGCAAAAUCCAGGAGAGAAGACGCAAACUCCUUGGCCUCGAGCCUUGGAUGGACGAGAUCACUGCCAUGUCACAGUCACAAUUUUCGCUUACACCGCAGCAGGAGCUUCAAAGGGAAAUCGAUGGUGGAAUCGUUCUGGUCGGUAGACCUGCAUUCAAGGAAUGGGCGUGGGCGCUCAAGAAUGGCUGGUGCACACCCCUCGAAGUGCUCAAACGUGAUCGAGACGAUGAGCUAGCACAGGAACUCGCAGAGGACCCUGCAUUUGACGAGAUUCCUGCCGAACCUUCCACUUUGGCCAACAGUGACAGCCCAUCAUCAACAACGAGCGAGUUCCUCGACGAAAAGGACAAGGCCAUCGCUGCGCUUGCUGAAGCAGGCGACGAGGAUGGCGCAGGUGCACCACUUCCAUCGCGUCUUGGUUCUGCUACCACCAACCUUGGUUCUGUACCGUAUGGUUUCGGCUCCGGUCCCAACGCAUUUAGCGGCAUGAAGGGUCCAUCCCCUGCUGAUACAGCUAGAGCCGAAAAGAAGCGCGUCAGAUCCGAGGCCGAAGCUGCCGCCGCACGACUCGAUCCUAAGCUCCUAGUACCAUCCGAACAGAUCCCGGCCCAACCCCCCAUCUGCUUUGUCGACUUUACCAAUCUGGUCGGUUGGCGCAACAUUCCACUUCGCAUGUAUCACUUCUUCCGACAGCGCGACAAGGUGCAACACGGGGCCGAGCUUGCGCUCACCCUUGUUUAUGGUACCAAGGAAACGGCGCGUGAAUUCCAGCCCGGUCGUCUUGGCACUCAACCGGGCCAAGUGCCACAAGUCCCACCGCAAGGCGGGGAUCUCGACUGGGGCAUCGAAACGGAAGAACGCUACCCACCCUACUUCUUGAAAACCGAAAAGAAUAUCGCCGAGGCACGAGAGAGCUACUACAAAGCGCUUCCGAAACACCUCAAAGACGCACGAGAUCUGGCCAGAGGACUGCGUGAGCAAACCAAGCUCGAAAAGAACGACCCCAGCAAGACCGAGGCCGAGCUACGGGAGCAGCGUUUCAACAAAGAAAAAGAAUGGAGGAAUGCAGAGAUGGGUUUCGAGAUCAUCCGACCCAGCGCAGCUGUCGAGUGGGACGAAAGGUUCCGCGGCAGCUUGAGGGUGUUUGAGCUGUCGAGCGAGGUGAGCGAACAAAUCAACCACCACCAGCAGUUAAGAAAGGAGGCGAAUAAGGACAAGGAACAAAAGACGGCAGCCGAGGAAAAGAGAUUGAAAGAGGAGCAGGCUCAGCGUCAGAAGGAGCUCGAAUCUCAGCCUCUUGAAGAGUUGCCCACGGGUAUCUAG